AUGUCUUUUAAUAACUUCAGUGAAGACCUUGAAGCUGGGGGUGCGGAUGCACACUCUCUACACUACAAAGACUUCCCCGAAUUUGAAACCUCUAGUCAGCAAAUCGAGUCGUUGUUGUUUAAUAUCAAUAACAAUCAGUUGACUUCACUCAAAAAUCUCAAUUCACAAUAUGACACUUUACUCAGAGAACCCCCUGAUUCCACUAAACCACUCAAGCUCAACAAGCUUUCUUACACAAUCACAGCACUCACCGAGAAGAUCACCAAGAACUAUAAGAUCGUCAAUGAGUUGACCCAAAAAAUUAAUUCUUACUUGAAUGAGUGUGAGAAUAACCAUGAUGACGAAGACACUCUUGUAUAUUUGCGGCAAAAGGAGUCACUAGUCAUCAAGCAGAUAAAGAGCAGUUUGAAGAACUAUCAAACGCACCAAAAGAAGUACGAGUCUCUACAACAAAAGACCAUCGACAAGUAUGGAAAGGUAACAGACUCGGUACCUUCUGAAGAGCUAGACCUGGGGGUGUACUCUUCAGGAACCAAUGAUCAUAUAGGCAACGGUACCGUCUCAGGAGGACAAGUGCUGAUAGAAUAUGAGCCAGUGAAUGCUGAGGAGUUGGAACAGCAGACAUUGCUUAUUCAAGAACGAGAGAGAGAAAUCGAGCAGAUAGGCCAGGAUAUCACAUACAUUAACGAGAUCUAUGGAAACCUAGAGGAUAUAGUGCAUGAACAACAGUUUACCAUCGACACCAUCGAGGAUAAUAUCUUGAAGUAUAGUGAUGAUGUACAAGGAGCGUCUGUUGAAUUGAGAAGAGCCGAGAGAUACCAAAGAAGAUCCAGUGGACGAAUGCUAUGCUGUUUGUUUAUUCUAUUGGGGAUCUUGGGAUUCAUAAUCCUCAUUGGUCUUCUCUUUUAG